UUUACUCCAUCAGGUAAGGUUCUGGGUUCGAAUUUUAGCAUUCGUGUAAUGUGUGUGUGUUUAGUAUGCUUUCGCGUCUCUCAAUAAGAAAGAUUCUCAAAAAAAAAAAAAAAAUCACAUCGAAACAGAACAGAAACCCUGUUUUUUUGGCUGGGAGAGAACUGGGAAGACAAAUGAAGGAAACUACAGAUUUCCCUCAACUUUGAAACACAUCACAACGCUUUUGAACUUCAAGUCUUCAACAAUGACUUCUCUUCGUAGGGAAAUUGACAACCCUACAAAAAGAUUCUCCUCUACCACUCCCUAUUUCUUUAUGAUGAUUCCAAAGGGUGCUUCUAGAGGCAUCAAACUUAGGAUCCCAAAUAAAUUUUUGAUGAAAUGUGGAGAUGAUCUGUCAAAUCCAGUAUUUCUUAACGUUCCAAGUGGUUCAAAAUGGAAAAUGGAACUCAGAAGAUGGGAUGGUGACGCUUGGUUUGACAAGGGUUGGUCUGAGUUCUUUGAGUUUUACUCUCUGGACAACUGUCACUCGUUAGUUUUUCGAUAUGAAGGGAAUUCUAAAUUCAACGUUUGCAUAUUUGAUCAAAGUUUCAAACAGAUUGACUAUGCAUUAAAAAUGCCCAAGAUGAAAGAAACCAAUUCUGAUGAUUCUGGUGAUGUUACUGAAAUCUUAGACAAAUCUUUACCCCGCCCCAGAAAAUCAAGGGAGAAAUCUCCGUUGCAGUGUCUUCGGCCUCACAAGAAAGCCAGAACAAGCUCACGUGCAGGCAAAGUUGAUUUUUAUGCCAAAAGACAUGGUGGAGGUAAGUCUAUCACUGCAAGAUUCCCAAAGCGAACAGAACCGAUUCUUGGGAGCCCGCAUCCAUCGACUACAAGUGAGAAGGCUAUAGCUCUUCAGAGAGCUAAAGCUUUCAAGUCUGACAACCCAUUUUUCAUGGUUUCCAUGGGGAGCACUAAUAUUGAUGGAUAUCAUAUGUCUUUGCCAGCCGAGUUUGUCAAGGAACAUUUUAACCAGGUUCAUGAUAACGCCAUCCUUUGUGUUUCGGGUGAAAGAGCUUGGCCUGUCAAAUUAGGCCACUGGGGCAGAGGAAGAAUCAGAUUCCAGAGUGGCUGGGGGACGUUUCUGCGAGACAAUCAUUUGGAAAUUGGUGAUGUGUGUGUCUUUGAGUUGAUUAGCAACAUUAAACCUUUAUUUGAUGUUGUCUUUUUCCAUGCUACAGAAGCUCCAAAUUGCACCUUAUCACCAGAUGUUGAUGGGGAACAAACUAUACCCAAGAUGGAAGAAACAUAUGAAGAUGAUGGUUUUAUUGAAACUGUGGACGAUUAUCCAUCAUGCCCAAAAACAAGGAAGAAAUCUCCAAUAGAACCACAGCCUCACAAGAAAAGCAGAACAUGUUCAAUUAGAAAAGCAGAAAGCAAAAUCAAAGAUGUUUGUGGGGCAUCUAGGACUCGAAAGUUCCUAGUUCGAGGAACUGAGGUUCCUAGGAGGAUUGAUCCAGUUGAGGCAACUGGAAAAGAUAUAGCUCUUCAGAGAGCUAAGGCAUUCAAGUCCGAAUACCCUUUUUGUUGGGUUCUUAUGCAUCACUCGUAUAUCCAUAGAAGUUAUUUGCGUUUGCCAGCCAAAUUUUCCAAGGAACACAUUAACUGGACUCAUGACAACAUCGUACUUCAUGUUCCAAAUGGAAGAACUUGGCCUGUCAAAUUAGGGCAAGAUGCCAGAGGAAGAGUAAUAUACCUGAGUGGUUGGACAACAUUUGUGCGAGACAACAAUUUGGAAGUUGGUGAUGUGUGUGUCUUUGAGUUGAUUAACGACGUCAAACCUUUAUUUGAUGUUGUCUUGUUCUGCGCUACAAAAGCUGCAAAUUGUACCUUGUCACCAGCUGAUGACGAUUCUGGCUAUGAUUCUGGUGAUGAUUCUGGUGAUGAGUCUGAUGAUAAUUCUAUUGAAAUCCUAGAUGAUUUUCCACCCGUCCCAAGAAAAACAAGAGAGAAACCUCCACAUAUAUCUCUUGAAAGAGCUGUUGAGAGAGCAAACUCUUUCGCAUCUAAAUACCCCUUUUUCAAGAUUGCUAUGCAUGCCACUUAUAUCCAUGGGCAUCAUAUGAACUUGUCAUCCUCGUUUGUCAAAGAAAAUCUUAACCAGACAAGUACUUAUGCCAUCCUUCGGGUUUCGGAUGGAAGAACAUGGUCUGUCAAAUUAGACCAAUAUGGCGAUGCAAGAACUAGAUUCCAAGGUGGUUGGAUGGACUUUGUGAGAGAGAAUAGUUUGGUAAUUGGUGAUGUGUGUGUCUUUGUGUUGGUUAACAACAUCAAACCUUUAUUUGAUGUUGCUUUUUACCGCACCAAAUCAAAAGCUGCACAUUGCACCUUGAAUAAUUGAAAGUGAAGCCUGAUAGAUCAACUAAUUGAAUCUGUACUACCAAGUUGAGUCUGAAUGUUCAAGGCAGAGGAGGCCUGCAAAUUUAAAAGGUGUCCAAAUCCAAACAUAAGUAUGUUUAUUUGUCCUUCAUUGUUGUUUUGAUCACCUUAGAAAAGGCUCAAUCUUCGAGUCUAUAAUGACAUUGUUCUUUUUGAGUUUCA